AAAAAAAAGAGAAAAGUCUGAAGAAAGAAAUAAUAAAAAGUUAAUUAUUAUUAACAAGUGGUUUCAUCAAGAAAAAAAAAUAGAAAUAUUUUAGAGAAAGUUUAUUGACUAGCUGCGCUGAAAAAAAAAUAAAAAUUAACAAUUUAUUGGCAAAAAAAGUUGUCAAUAAAAAAAAAGAAAUAAUUUAAAGUGAAUUUAAAUAAAAAAGUUCAAAAAAUCCGAGUUGGAAUUAAGCCGGAUUUUAAAACUUUUCAAACCCACAAAAAGUGUAAUUAAAAAGCCGUCAAAAUUCAACAAAAAAAGAUGAAAGCAAUCACAGCUGUGGUCUCAACAGGCGCAUCAGUGCCAUCAAUAGCCAGCGGACGUAUCUCACGUCAUCGAGAUGGUGAAAAUGCAGAAAUUCAAAUGUACAUCAGUAAGCUUAAAGAUCUCGUGCCCUUCAUGCCAAAGAAUCGUAAACUCUCAAAGCUUGAGGUCAUCCAGCAUGUCAUUCAAUACAUUUGUGAUUUACAAACUGCACUUGACACUCAUCCUUCAGUAAAUGAAUUUGAUGCAGCUGCAGUACUCGCUGUACAAAAUCAUGUCAUCGAGCAAAUGAGUCCCCGACAACCACUCCACGUGAGACCUAGUCCAAAUACAAUUUUACCUUCAAAUAAUUACAAUAGCACCACCUCACCUCAACAAAUUUACACAUCCAGUGAGUUUUCAUCGUUAAAUCAUAAUACAGACGAAAAACAGUCGUGUUAAAACCAAUUUAAUGCGCUUUUGAUCUCAGAGGAGCCCACAAAAAAAAAAAGAAUUAAAAAUAUUGUUUUGUUUUAAACGCUGAGGAUAAAUGUUUUGACGUUGCAUCAAACACUACUUCUCAACAUCUCUGUAUGCAAUUUUAAUCAUUAAUAUUAUUAUAAUAUUAUAAGUGAAUAUUACGAGUAAAUACAAAUUCUUAGUUACGUCAAAAAUAAUAAAAGAAAUACUGGAUACAAAAUUAAUAGAGCAUAGAUUUUUCUACGUUUAAAAAAAAAGACUACAAUAUGAUGGAAAGAUGUCUGAAUAUUAUGUAACAUAAUUGGUUAUUAUGGUGAUGAAGGCGUUGGUGUGAUCUAUCGAGUAUGCUGUAAAUCUACAAUGGGAAAUUGAUAUAUCCAACAGCUCAAAUUCCAGACUAUAAACUCGUCUGCAAAAAUCGGUUUCAAAAAUCAUUUGCAGUCACCCGCACCCUUCAAAACCAUUUCAUGUUUGGUGGACAUGUGGAACUAUCACUAUGAAGCCCCAAAAUUCACACAAAAUAACAAAAUAAUUGAGGAGCAAAUCAAUCCAUAAAAAAAAUACUUUUUUAAUUUGAUUAAUUUAAAUAAUUGAAGUUCUGUGAUCUGUAGAUUAUUAUUUUUAUUUUAUAAAUGAAAAAUAAAUGGAUUAAAAGAACA